UUCAUUUGAAUAAUUGGGCUUCUAAGGCUUGCUGCAUGCAUAUUUCAUAAUUCCUUACAGCAAAAAGCGUGACAUUGGUAUUGAAGGGCAGCUGCUUCGCCAGUCGUAGUACGAUUGCAGCAAGGUUCAGACAAGGGUGUCAGCUGCUUUUAUUCCUGUUGCCUAACUUGUUAAUCUCACCGGACACCUUUCUCAGUCGGUCGUUUAAUUAAGAUGACAGAAUCCAAAGCCCCUCUUCACCAACUGGAAGUAGGUGGCGAACCGAAAGUGAAGUCAGGGAAAGGAGCGUUUACUGGUUUAUUUUUGGACAAAACCAAGCUAAUAAUUCUUGCUGUUGUAAUCUUGGUCCUGUUGAUUAUAAUAAUUGUCUUAGCUGCAGUUCUGGGCCACGAACAAGCAAAGAACAGAAGAGACACGCCGGAUAAAACGCGUAAGUAUAUAUAAGUAUUCACAAGUAUUCAAGUAUUCCGGCACUCGGCGAUGGGAGGUAUUUCAACCCAAUAUCAGUUUUCAAGUUAGAGGAGAAACAAAAAAUGGACGAGUACUUAAAUUAUCCUUCAAUGCUCAGUGCAAUUAGCUUGUCUUAUAGCGCCAGUCACUGUUUACCUCAAAAGUUUUUACUUUACUCAUGAUAUUUUGUCAUUAAAAUUUGAUCGUAGAAUGGCUGAAUGGUCACACACUUUUUAUCCGUAACGAACACCCAUGGGUUGUUCUGAUUCGAAAAAAGAAAAGAAAAAGAGAGAUUUGGAAGUCGAUCGUCGAAGCCUCAUAACUAUUAUUUAGUGUGCAGAUAGAUGGGGUGAAAAGGGAAUGUCAGGAAAUUAAAAUUGGCAUUUUUAAAUUCAAAAUUGUCGUUAUAUUAUUUGAUUUUCACGCAAAGGAGUAAACAAGCAGGUUGUUAAUUUGCAUUAGGAUCAUUCGAAAUCAAGACUAAAGCACGAAACACUUCAUCACUCUUUCACGUCGACUGAGCUUACAAUUAACCGAUCGGAAACAACCAGAACCUGAAACCGUUCGCCGCGCGAGGCUGCAUCAAUCACAAAUUCUAACAAAAUAUAACUUGUGAGCAUUAUUUCCCAACAUGUGUUUAAUUGUUUUCUGCCGGCCCUUAUCAUGCUGUAAGUUUAAGUAUAGUUUGUACCGGCCAAGGCCCAGUCGCUACAUGUCAGAUAACGAGCCCUUUCUAAGUCAACAGGCUGUCAAAGCGUUAAGGAUCAGUCGCGUAUAGAUGUUAUGGUUCCUGAGUUUUAUUCUUAAAAAUCUCAUGCUUAUUGCUUUUAAAUUCUAUCUUCCGUUGUUGUUCAAGUACAGUGUUGUUCAAAUAUUUGAAAAUGAUCGGUAAAAUAGUUAUGGAAAAAUUUUAACUGGGAUAAAGUUAUGUUCGAGCGAUGUUUUUAAAAACUAUUUUUUAAUUCCCAAAAACGAUUAAUACCUUUUACUGACCUUUGGCACCUUUCUCGAAUGUCCUAGUAAUUUUUGGGCCCGGUUACCUAUUUCACCUUUUCAGAUCGCAGCUUUGCUGAAAAAAAUGCGGAAAAAGCUCUCUAUUAGGAAGGAAAGUAGGCAGCUACCUACUGGUAUGGCGCCUGGUUUUUAGAUUAGACCUCGUUAGAAGGACGGGACAUAAUGGCCCUAGAAACCUGCCUCAACAAGCAGGCAAUAUUUUCUAGUGUCACUGAGUUGUCAAUUCGCGUUCCAGUCAGGGAUGUUGUGUUGGGAAAUUUCAAUUCUUAUAUAGUUUCUAUUGAGCAUACAAUUUACUAAUAACUUCAUUUUAUGUUCAUGUUCAUUUCCAUCCCAACCAAUCUGUACUUAAAGCCAGCUGAAACUUUUUAAACAAAUACGGCCGUUGAUCUUCAUGAGGUUUACCGGCAGUGCUUUACCCAUUUUCAGUUUGCCCACAAAACGCUUUUGCCGAAACUCUCUUUAUAGUGAACAGUUUCAUGUAAGCGUAUAGUGUCGAAUAGAGAAACAGUUAGUUGUCUCUUUAUUUCUAAAUAACCUGCAUGGGUAGACAACAGGCCCUGCGGUCCCAUGAGUUUUUUGAACCGCAGCCAAUUUAGUUAGACUUCGACCCCAUAACCAGCCCAGUUUGAUUACCCCAGAAGUGGAGCUUUUUUCCCCUAACCUGCUGGAGCAGAGCGUUUCAUUCAAGUUUUGACAAUGAAUUUUAGAAGUUAUGACAGAAUGGAAAGCACUCAAUUUCAUUUUUUUUUUUGUCCUUUUCAUUCUGAAUUAUGUAUCUUGUUAACACAUACUUAGCUGACAAAAAAGAAGAAGUGAGUCCUACACAGUCUACCGGUCCUACCACUCCCGGAACUGAACCAUGGUGGCAAAUCCGUCUUCCGGUGUAUAUCAGACCCAAGCAUUAUAACCUCAUACUAUACAUUGAUCUGAGUAAGCCUAACUUCAAUGGCAAGGUGGAUAUUCUAACCAAUGUAUCGAAAUCCACGCCUUAUAUACUCCUACAUAGCAGAAACUUGAAUUUCACCACGGUUAAAGUCCAGAAGGAAUCUGGAGGUAGGUAGUGAUUAACAGCUAUUUUGUAUGACAAUAUUUUAAGAUAUCCGGGUUAUUCAUAGAUUAGAAUACACGCGAUGAUAUUCCUGAGUACCAUAAUCCUGGAAAAAUAAGAACUUGUCUACUUGCCCUUAGCUAAGAAUAUUCGAGUGGAUCUCAGUUAAUUUCAACGGUGUCAUGGAAAACGUGGACUGGACAAUUCGCUGUUGUAGCCUUUUUAUUUGUGGGAUAUUCGGGGUUGAAAUAGGACGGAAAGCCUAAAUGUAUAACUAGAAUUGAUCCAAAAGGUCUAGAUAGCAGCAACAAUAUAGAUAGUCGUAUAAACAUAACAACUUUCUUUAAUUUUCCAGACAUGUUUCGACGGUACAUGUUUAGGUACAUGUUUCGGUACAUGUUUCGACGGUACACUGAAGAUGACGGAUGUACCGUCGAAACAUGUCUGGAAAAUUAAAGAAAGUUGUUAUGUUUAUACGACUAUAACUAGAAUUCCUGUGCAAGGCAUUUUAACACUCGUAGGGUUACAGAGUCUCUUAUCUUUUUGAUAGGACUAUUCUUUGUUUUUGCUUUGGUUGCUUUCUUGUUUUUACUGGUUUAUGUUGCUUUGUUUGUUUGGAAAAUUUUAAAUCCAUCCUGCUUUGUUGCUCAAUUAACAUUUAGUUACCUAAUUAACAUUUAGUUACCUAAUAUUUCAGAUUCAAUCCCAAUCAAGCGACACUUCAAGUUCGAAAAGAACCAGUUUCUUGUUAUAGUGUUGGAAUCAUCUAUUGAUAAAGGCAUGUAUGUUAUAACAUCGGAGUUUUCAGGAGAGUAUGCAGCUGACCUGAGAGGAAUGUAUAAGGCGUCCUUCAAAUACAAGAACGGCACUGAUUCGUAAGUGUUCUGUAAAGAUUUAUUUUUUAUUAUUCUUUUUUUAAAAUUCAUCACAGUAAACUAUCUUCUCAUCAUGGUUAAACAUUAACGCCAUGGAAAAUUUAUUUAAUAUAUAUUCAUAAUAAAUUUAUUUUUGGUAAUAGCAAUAACGUUGUCGUACAAAAAAAGCACAAAAGGGGACUUAAUAUUUAGCCAUUGAAAUUAAAUUUUGAUAUUUUACUAAUCAUGAAAAGCACUAUUGCUAUUCUAAAUACUACUUCAAUUUAACAUUAACAGCGCUCUCUGAGCCUAGUUAGGUCACAGACGUUUUACAAUACCCUGCUUGUACCAUUUUACAGAUUUAACUCUCUCGCUCUCCACCUGCCAUCUAAACGCCUGCAAAAGGCUAACCAUAUAACAGAGAUUUUAAAAUGCCCUUCUGAUACUAUUUUACAGGGAGUUUGCAAUGCCCUGCCUAGACUAUUUUAAAGAGGUUUUAUAAUUCCGUGCUAAUAACAUUCACAGAGAUUUUAAAAUACCCUUCUUAUAUCAUUUUACAGACGAGGUUUUAUAAUGCCCUUCAUAUACCGUUUUACUUGAGAUUAUAUCGUAUCCAUUGUAUCUAGUUAUGAAUUUAAGUUAUUAAAUUACUGUACAUAUGAAAAGUAAAAAAAGACUAGGCACUUGACUAGACAAUUAUGAUGAAUAUUACUAAAAGAAUAGGUUUUAUUAACUAUUAAUUGAGGACCUCAUUGACUAUAGAUCUAGCUGGACCUACAAUUGUAGCUAGACCUGAACAAGGUCUAAGCUCAACAUUAUACACUACUUACUAUGCAAGUUUUUACGAAUAAAUAUAUGGAUUGCCGUCAUUUUUUAAUCAUUGGUACUUUCAACACCGAACGUCAGGUUUUGUAAGUUUGGCAUGCCCUUUCCGAAUAUUCAGGUCUUGCGGUGAUAAUAUAUACAGUCUCUUUUCCACUGCCACUCAUCAGAUCUUGUAGGUUUGACACUGGCUAUAAGAGGACUUUAUCCCCCUUCUUUAACAAUUACAACUGUAGGCAUUUAAAUUUAAAAUGAUAAUCUCUUUUUUUAGUAUCAUUUUAUUGUUUAGACUUGAAAAACUAUUUAAUUUGCUGUCAGUGAUAAAUCAUUUUGUUAAUUGUAUUCUUUAACUUUUUUUUAAUAGUUUGUCGCAUUUUUUUGACGUUGUAGCUAUUUGAAUUUCUAUACACUUCAUUACAAUAACGUUGUCAUACAAAAAGCAAAACAAAAAUCAAAAAAGCUAAGAGGGCCUAAUUUAGUAAUAGCCCAUUAAAAUUACCUAUGGAUAUUUAGAUUAUUCUGAAAACAUUUUGUAGUACAGUAUAUUGUGUUAGAAUGAAAGCAGUUGAGUUAAGAGAAAGUUAAUAGUUGCCACCAUAAGUACGUUUUAUGCUUCACCCUCUCGUCCAAUCAUAAUAAGUGUACGCCUCUGUUAUUCCUAUUUAGCUUUUUCUCUAUUUGUUUUGUUGUUUUUGUUUUUGUUUUCAUUUUUCCAUAACAACGUUAUUGGCUGAUUAAGAGUAUGCAAUUUGUUAUCCAUUUGUAUUUAUGUCUAUUUUAUAAAGCCCAUUCUAUAUACGGUUUACUAACUAUUUUAUUUUUAACAAUAAUUUUAUUGCGCAUUUCAUGUGUAUGUUAACUGCACUUUACAAAUCGUAACAUUUGUAAACAUUUAGUUAUAAUAACUACAGGGUGUCCCAAAAGUUCGUUCCUCUAAUUUCAUGCGCUAUAAAUUUUGAUCAAAACUAUAUUUUCACACGAAAUUGCUAGAAGAUGUUUAUUUCUCUAUCAAGUACAUGUAUUCAGAAUUUCAGUAACUGGCAUGCCCUUUUUGUUUUUUUAUCACAUUCUGUAGCCGUUGCGGCAUGAAUUGAGAUACAGCGUGUAGACCCACAAAUGAUCCGUUUUGAGCAUUUUUAUCACCUGGUGCGCAGGAUCCAGUUCAGCCCCCAAACAAAAUUUGUUUACUUUAGGCAGCUGAAAAAAAUAUAUAUAUGUAUAUUUUGGGCAUUCAUCCAAAAAAGAUAAUCAUCCCGGCCCCCUUCCACAGCAAGGCUUUUGUACUUCUUUACAAAUUUGAAACAAGCUAGGCGUUAAUUGGCAGACUAAGCAGAGGGUUUUUUGCCAUCACAGGGGCCUCUAAUUUUAAAAAUUUCAAACAUUUUUUCACGACCCUUUUAUUUGGCUUGCUAACUAUGUGAGACUGAGUUUCCUUGUCGAGUCUCCUAUUUUGUAUCUAGCCUUCUUUAAAACUAUUCUAGCUGCUUUAUUCAGGGCUUUUGGUCUUCCCCUUAGUUUCUUGCCUUCAAAACCUUCAUUUCUCCAUGAUCAUUCAACCACCCAACAUUCGGAUUUUUCCAGUUUUUUUUAGCAAUUUCUACAACAGAUAAGCCAGUAAAUCGAAGUAUGCAGCUGAACGUUUUUCCGUUAAGGGGGUUUAUCUUCAGUGAUAUUCACAAAAAAUAAGGAAGGAGUUCGAGCAAUUCGGACUAUGAAAUACAAAACAUACUACUAUACUAGCGCACGCGCAACUUUGACGCGGAAGUACACAAAUCGAAUAUUCGAGUCAAAAGAUGGCACAACAAGUAUGAAAAUAGUGAAUUAUAUUGAAAGACACAACUUUUGUUGAAAUGUUUUCCUUACCAAGUCCUAUCGUACUGAAAUACAGACUUAUAAAGUACAGGAACGAACUUUUGGGACACCCUGUAUAAUAUUGUUAAGAACUGUCGAACAUAUAGACAACGGUAGAGUGUUGUUUAAGUACUUAUAGUAGUAAAAAUGUACCACCGUGUUAUUUAUAGUUCGAUUAUUUGGCAAGUAAUGUUAAUCUUUCUCGUUAGGCAUUUCUCUGCUACUCAAUUCCAACCUUUAAGGGCUCGGAAAGUGUUCCCAUGUUUUGACGAGCCGGCGAUGAAAGCGACCUUUAACGUGAGCCUUGUUCAUGACCCGAGUCUAAUCGCGUUGUCAAACAUGCCUAUCUACAAAAGCGAGGUAAAGGAAGGCUGGAAAUAUGACCAUUUUGAGAAAACAAAAAAGAUGUCUACUUAUCUAGCAGCCUUUGCCGUUGGUGACUUUAAGUACAAAGGGACAAAGACAGACAAGGGAGUUGAUGUGAGUUAGAGAUUUAUAUUUAUUUAUUUAUUUUUUUCAAAAUGUGUUGCAAUAUGUCUGGCCAUUAGUUUCCAAGUAUUUAAGAAAUAGACUUCUUUAGCUUGUAUGUUUUGUUUUCUCAAUGAAGGCUUCAGGGAAAUUUAUAUGGUAAAAUGAAAUCAAUAAAAUGUAUAAACUAAAAUUUAUAAAACAAAUGCUGCGAACAUAUGCACAAGGGGAAUAUGGAAUUUGAUGAGAUGAUACAGUUAUCUUGAGACGUAUUAUUACAAAACCUACAUUGGGGAAACAAAACAUAUAAGCGAUAUAUGUCUAUUGAAGGAAAUAUUAGUUUGAAAGAGAAAAAUGCAAAAGAGAUGAUAACAAUUCAUUUACAAUGGCUAAGGAUGGAAGAGAUUAACAUGGAUUAAAACGACAACUGUGAUAAGAAAAAAAGACUUGUUAUAAUUUUAACAAGCUGCUGAGACUAUGACGGAUUUUCCUUUAAUCUAUGAAGCUUCAGGGUAUGAGAAUGACUUAAGAGUAUUUAGUAUACAUACUCAAAUUCUUCACAUUCGUUUUCUUUGUAGAUCAGGAUGUACGCUCGAGCGGAAGUUCUGGAUCAAGUGGACUACUCAUUAAAUGUAUCAAAGCAAUGCAUGGCGUUCUUUAAAGAUUUUUUCGGUGUUGCUUAUCCGUUACCAAAAUCAGGUGCAGUUCUUUUAAACUUAAAGGGCGCUUUCCAAAAGUCAGAGCUGGCAAGGCCAAACCGGUCACUUUGAAAAUGCAGUAGGCUUUUCCAUGGGUUUUGCUGGUCGUGCAUCACUAUUUUAGGAUUUGACUGAUCUGGCUGAACAGUUUUGAUAAAAAGUGAAAUUCUGACUACGACGGAAAUGGUCCCGCCUGUCAGUUCUGACAAAUGAAGAGCGCCUUAAGAUCAAGAAUAAUGAUCAAGAGUCAGUCUGAUCUCAACGGUAACGUUUAAUGCAUUCAUUGUUUCCUCAGACGGAAUCGGCCUACCCGUGUUUGGACCAGCAGGUAUGGAGAACUGGGGCCUUAUCAAAUACCGAGAGACAGGAGUGUUGGUCAAAGAAGGAGAGACCUCAUCAUCUUCACGAGAGGGAAUCGCAAGAUUGGUUGCACACGAAGUAGCACAUCUGGUAAAGCCAGUGUUAUUAGUUUUGUUAAAUAAGUUGUGGACAUGUACGAACACCCAUUUAGGUGACAGUCGACGAAAAAGUUGAACAUAAAGUGCGAUAAGUCAAUGAAGCGCGAGCUGUAAAUUACCAUACAAACACGUCCCCUUGGAAAGUGGCUAAAGACGCCAAUUUAGGAUUUGGAAAGUUCUCUGGUAACCAUUUUUCCUUUUUUUUAUUUACUCAUAUCUUUUCUUUUUUUAGGAGGGGCGUGGCCGAGUGGUCAGCGCCUCGGACUCGCAAUCAGGUGGUUCCGGGCUCGAGCCGCUUUAGCCACUUUCCUGGAUUUGUUCUCGGUCGUCCCGAAUUGAAAUCCUCGGCCACGCUUGUGAAUAGCCAACUGAUUGCCUCCUUCCAGUUGGGGUUUUUAAUCCUUUUAUGUGCACUUUCCACAAUAAACAAGCCUUUAACCUUUUUUUUUUCGCACUUCUGCUGAUUUUCUGUUGGGGAUCCAUUCCUGUAAUCAAGGUCUUUUCCUAUGGUCCUUAAGGAAUAUUUGAAAAUUCUAACUAAGCUAAAUUAACUUGUCUAAGGAAAAUAUUCGGUAUGGAAUAUGAUAGAACGUUGAAAAAGGUAAGUCUAUCUCGAGGAAUUGGACCUCGAACUGGUCCGCUGAAUCAUAUCAAAUUGCCCUUCCUUCCUUGUACAUUAUUAAUGGCAGCUCCUUCUAAAACAUUUUUGCAAUUUUUUUUGUUACUUGCUGUUUCCAGUGGUUUGGUGACCUUGUUACCAUGGAAUGGUGGAGUGAUCUUUGGCUGAACGAAGGAUUUGCUACCUACGCUGGUACUAUUGGUGUGGAUCAUAUUCAUCCCGAUUGGAAAAUGGUAAGUGGAAUGUGACUGAGCUCUUAAACAUAAGAUUACAUAGCACACUCGAGCUAUAUAAUUUAUAAAACGUGCAUUCGAAUAUUCAUAUCUGAAAACCGAACCGUAGGCAGUCACUUUUCAUCCCUUUAAGUUUGGGAAAAACUUACGUGGAUGUUGUAGAAUCAAGGAAUCAAGGGGAGUGGUGGGCGGGCCGGGGUGUAAUUAGGGACUUUUAGUUACUUAUUGUUGAAACCGGUGGAUACUUCGGAUUUAAAGAGAUGGGUAUGCCGUCGAAUGGGAUCAAAAAUCUGAAAAAAUCCCUACCACUCCCAACAGAAACCCCCCUCCGAAAAAAAUCCCUGAAUCAAACAUUAUCCCUAAAUGCCAAAAUUUGCGUUUGCGACGAUAAUUAUAAAGCUAGGCAGUUAAAACGAUGGAGAAAGGAUUGAAGCCUUUGUGGAUAUACUGCACCCCUGGAAACAUUGAAGAGUAUUCUAUAACCCGUUUAAAUUAGAACAGAUGUAAUCAAUGUAUUGUUAAAUACAAGAGAGAACAAAAAACGUAAGUGAGUAUGGACUGUCCAAUAAGGAAAUAAAAGUGGCCAUGUUGGAUUGUUGGCCGGGUCAGUUCCUUUUCUGAAGCUCCAAAAUUGUUUUCUCUUCUGUUGAAUUAGCCGCAGCUUGUUCUUUCAUCUCCAAUAAAGUGAAUAAAAAAGAGAGAAUUAGAACACCGCAUAUUUCGAUUUUUUUUUUUCACUCGUGAGUUUGGGUAAUGCAAGGCUGCGUGAUCCUGAAAGCAGCUCAGUUGUUUGCGCUUCCUCAAUUUUUGCAGCUCAAUUGCUUUUCCUUUAAUUUUCUCUUCACCUAUGGAAUGGCAACUGGCGGUCAUUCAGUGUUUCCAAAUAGAGUUAUCACUAAGUUAUUUCAACUAUUGAGAGCUUUAUGUCUUCGUCCUAGGUUGACCAGUUCAUAGCUCGUGCUGUGCAGGAUUCUCUGGAUCUUGAUGGACUGGCAAGUUCUCACAAAAUCAGGAUACCAGUAAAUGACCCUCUGAAAAUCGGAGAUGCAUUUGACGCUAUAUCAUACAAAAAGGUGUGAGGAAUGUACUCUUGAAAAUCAGUAAAUUAUUUCGCCAACUCUUAUUUUCCUUUCCUCGAAUUCUCGUUGUCCCUUCCGUUUUAGGUGUAAUAGAAAUGUUAAUAAAUUAAAUGAAUAUUUCUCUACAGCAUACGAAAAGUCAUAGCAGGAUAAAUUUAAGGUGAAAAUUUCUUGACGGAUCGUCCUAACUUGCUUAUCAACGAUGUUUCGCAUUUUUCCCCACGGCAUAGCAUGGCAAAAAUCUCGUGAAAAAUGCCCUGCACAAGAGCCUCAGUGGCAAGGUCGUCAGUUCAUGCUUUGCUUUUGAAUGUCGCUGACUCACUGUUUCUUGGUUUUGUUUAAUUUAAUUUUGUUUUGUCUUUUUUUGUUUAUAUCUGUUUAUAGGGUGGUUCUAUCCUGUUGAUGCUGCAUAACUUUUUAGGAAAUGCAGUAUUCCGUGACGGACUCAAGGUGUGUUUGUUUUGGUUGAAAAAGUAAAGGAAUUAAACACGUUAUUCUCCUCCUGACAGCUCUUUGGAGAUCUACAGCACGCGUGCAUACAUGUAUGUCCCCUAGCUCCCUUUGUUGUACGCGGGACAUUGGCUUCUAUUCUUCGUAUGAGAGGAUCUGUCGAUUGUUUCGAAGCAACGGAAUAAUGCAUGCACAAAUUAACUGAAUAGAAACUGCACAGAUACGCGUCAUUGUCCUCUCUUGACUGAAGACUAAGUCCCAGAUUAGUUGUAAAGAAACAUUAGUGUUAAAUUCUCUGAAUCUUUCCAUGGUGAACAAUUAAUCUCGUCACCUUUAUCCCCAUAAAUGCAAACUUUUAGGUAUAUCUUAGUCUCGUUUAGUUCUUUUCUUUUUUUACAUUCAAACUAUUUACUAAAGUACUUUGAACAUGAUGGACAACCCUUGAAACCUUACUAACUUAGCUUUGAUUUUGUAUUUGUUUCUGUUCAUUUGUUUUAUCUAGCGGUAUCUCAAUAAACACAUCUACGGUAAUGCAGACACUGAUGAUUUGUGGGACGCAAUGGUUAAGGUGAUUACUAGUCUUAUGCUUUGUAUUCUUUAGUUAAUAUAACCUUAACUUGACUUCAUAAAAGCAACGGAAUGAAUGAGUAAUAUAAAUAAUCAAAUUAAUGAUUAAAUAUAUUUAAUCAAUCGUACCCUAAUGAUGACCUGGUCUCGAAAACGUUUGAAUUUUUCUUUUUUAAAUAUAUAGUACAUUUUUAGUUUUUUUUAAAAGUUUAAUCAACUUUCCGCUUUUUUUUUGUUAUUUUCGACAACCACCUUUUAUAACGUUGAACUUCUCUACAACGGCCACUUUGUAUACAACGACCGUUGAAGAGAAAUCGACGUUGUGAAGCGGUGGCCUUUAGUGGAGGCCAAAACAUUCUCUUUAGCUCCUUGUGGUUUUUUUGAUGCUGUGCGUGGGCCAUAUAAACAUAAAUGUUAUAACAUUAAUAACAUCGCGACGUAAUUGACCAAUCAGAUCAAUAACCAGAGUAUAAUACUAUGAACGGACGUGAUACAACUCACUUUGACUCUGAAGAUGACUACCGCACAGGUUGUCGAAACGUCAGUCACUGUCAUCAACAACAGUCCUAUUCAGGACUACGUUCACCCGGACGAUCAAACUCAACCUACUUUAGAAAUGACUCCCUGUUCAAACUUUUCACAAAGUAAGUUAUGUUUAUAACUUGGAGAAAUGUUACGGAGAAGUAUGAAUAAAUUGUUCAUUUUACCGUCAGGCUGCAGGAAACUCGACUGUCAAAAAUGUGAUGGACACUUUCACAAAACAGAUGGGAUAUCCAGUGGUCACCAUUACUAAGUCUAAUAAACCGAACACCUACUUGGCGACACAAGACCGCUUCUUGUAUUAUAGAGAUUCAAAGGCGAACUAUUCCAGUUCCCCAUAUGGGUAGGCAAAAAUAGAUACCGUAAAAUUCCGAAUAUAAGCCCCUCCAUGUAUAAGCCCCUCCAAACUGGUAACGCAAAAAAACCUCCGUUAAAUCGCCCCUCCAAACAUAAGCCCCCCCCUCCGGGGGGGGGGGUGUACUGGAAAAAUUGCCCUUAAAUACAAAGUAAAACAAAGAAAAACGGUAAAUUUAAUUCCAACUCAGAAGGCUAGCCUAAUCGAUUUUGAAACGCAAAUUUCACUCCGUAGAUAAGCCCCUCCGAAUAUAAGCCCCUCCAAAAAUAAGCCCCUCAAAAAGGGCCUUCGAAAAAUUUAAGCCGCGGGGCCUAUUUUCCGAAUUUUACGGUAUUUAUAUGUAUUUAUAUUAAGUUGGUAUCCGAUCCCCUGGUAUGGGCAGAUGACAUCGUUUUGUCCACAAACAUGAAAACUUUGUCUAGCUGGCCACGCCACGUUUGGAUACAAACUCGUUUGUGAACCGUGUAAUAACUUCAAACUGAAGUAAAAGAAGUACUGUUUCAUUUCUUUGGUUAAUUUUUUUUUAAAUAUACAACCACAUAAAGAAUUUAAACCUACGCUCUUGCAUUACAUUACUCCUGAGGGAAUCAAGCAACAGUGUUUUGUGCGUUAUCAUGAUAUUCUGGCGGUGGUGGAACUGCGUUAUUGGUAUACAAAGUUAGGUUGAAAGCAAACUAGAAUGAAAAAGUUGAACAGAAUUUUUCUCGUUCCAGGAUAGGGAAUCCAAGACAGUUUUGAUUCUGGAAUCCACGGCGUGUAUUCCAGAUUCCAGGUACCGGAUUUCACUGAGUCUAUGUCAGUGGAACUUAGGGUCUGGAUUUCAGUCUUUGGUAGGAUUCUGCUAUUCCCAUAGCUGUAUUCCGGAUUUCAAAGCCCAGUAUUCCGCAUUCCACAAGUAUCAUUUUUCCUGAUUCCUGCAGAUUCCACGAUUCAUCCGGAUUCCCUCACAUGGGGCGAAUCAGCUCGAAUCUUUCUGUGUACAUUACGUAUUUAGAAUACCAAGCGGCUGAAUGAUUUCCAUCUGUCAUGAGGUUUUUACGUGGUUUUUGCUUUGUCGUAAUGCAGGAAAAGACUCUGACUAAAAUGGUUUAGGACCAGUAAUUGGGAAAGAUAUGAUGGCCGAUCCGGCUACUUGUUUAAGUUUUUAAUACUCAUGAUCUCAUAACUCCUUUCCUUUUAUAUCAUAGGUACAAGUGGACAAUACCGUUUUCGUACUUCACAGGAGCUAGCAGAACCACCAACCCUCCAAGCAAGACUAUGUUUAAGAUAAUCGAAGGCAAUCAAAGUAAGAUAGCCUUUUUUUUAUUAAACAGUGCUUCUUACAGAUGGAAAAACGUUUUACUUAUCAUCUGACAAAUUUGUCGCCGCCAGGUUAAUAAUAAGUAAAUAUGACAAAAGUUGACAAAAAAUACUGUUUUUUUAGUUGAAAUUUCUUGGGAUGGAAGCGGAUGGAUUAAAGCAAACAUAGGGCAGACGGGGUUCUAUCGGGUCAACUAUGACAAAGGCACAUGGACUGAAAUAGGAUUGCAACUCAACUAUCAUCAUAAGGUAACUAUAAUCAUAACAUUUUUGGGGUAAAACCAGACCGAACGAGCUGGCAUCUAAUUAAAAAUUAUUCCUCAAGGCCGAAUAGAUUCUGAGUCAAAAGCUUCGGCCUCAUGGUCCAUUGACUCAGAGGCCAUGAGGGCGAGAGGAAUAAUUGCUUUAGUACUGAAAAUCCAACUAGUUGGUCAAAAAUAUCGAGACGAAACAACUUUAGCUAGCAAAACGCGAUUCAGCCGCCAUUGUUUUGGUUUUCAAAGCCGACCCUUUUCGCUACUAGCGGGUUAUAACAUAUAGCCUAAAAGUAGCUCAACCAAUCAGAACACAGCAUUGAUGAUAAACCAUUGGUUGGAUUUUACUAAAUAUAAAUGGUUGAUCCCACAAUGAGCGAUUAACUUUAAAUAGUUACCCUAAACUGAUAAUCUAUUCGUUACUUUGUUUCGUCAUUUAGUGAUAACAUUAUGCACUUCUUUUUAGCAGUUGUUCAAAACAUUUUUGGAAAGACUUCCCUUCAUAAUUGUUACAGGUUUAAAAAAAACGAAGAUAUAAAUUAAGGACUAACCAAACCUGGUAGUCACCCGCGGUUUACCCUAUGGCUGAUACAGUAACUGUUCUUCAAACAAUUCUUCUUCCGAACGCGAUUAUCUUUUAGUGAACUCUGAUCAAGAAGUCCUAUAUUAUUAUUAUAUCAAUAUUAAAAUAGAUUAAAAACACCUAUUACUUUAUUUGCAGAUAUUCAACGCAACAGAUCGGGCCGGGCUCAUUGAUGAUUCUUUUAACCUAGCAAGGUAAAAGAAUGUUUAUUUCUUCAAAUUCAUACUAUUUUAGGUGAAAACAAAAGUCCUAUUAAUAUCAUUUGCACUUAAUAUGACUUUUCUAAAUCUUUUGAAUCCUAAUUUUACAUUUAGAAGGAAAAUAUAUGUCUACUUAUUCAUUUUUAUUCUUUUCUUUUUUUAGGGCCAACCUUCUAAAUCACACUGAACCGCUUACCUUAUCCACGUAUCUAAGCAAAGAAGAAGAUUAUGUUCCCCUGUUAGCAGCUAUGAGGAAGUUUUCAGCAAUAAUGAAAAUUCUACCGCCCACUGUACCAGCUUACAAAUAUCUUCAGGUAAUGGUUUUCACCAAAGAGCCAUUAGUAGUAUAAAGUGCACCGGCUACUCCAGUUUUCAAGGCAGGAAGAAACGACAGGGGCCUUUUUCGCGGGCUUAUCAUCUUAUUACGAUAACAUCACGUGCUAUUCUCGUAGUUUAACCAUGCAACUUUAACUUUAAAUAAUACUACUCAGUUCAGAAUAAAGACAAAAUGUGAUUACUUAUAUAAUAAUGAGUUCCACAUUCAAAUAAGCGCUUCACUUCGAAAUUAGUAUCAGUCCUUCUCGCUUCAGAAAGCUGAAACACUUCAAGGGCACCAGUAUCAGAGCUUUAAGUAGCUUAUGUCACAAAAAUCCAAAAUAACGGGCUACCACUUCGUAAGGUUUAAGAAGCCGAUGUUCUUCAACGUUAAAUUUCACUGCUAACCACUUAGCGUUUUAUCUGAAUCAUUACUGUUGAUUAAAUUCUCAGAGAUUCGUUAGAGAGUUAACCAAAUCCCAAUACGACUCACUUGGAAUUAAAGAUCAGGGAACGCAUUCAGAAAGGUUCGUGGAAAAUUUAUUUUACUACAUAACCAGUAUAGGUCGCUUCCUAUAAGGAUAGUAGCCAAACAUAAGCCCGCUCUGUUGUACACUCAGUUUUGUAAAACGGUAUGGUGGUGUCUGAUUGGUUACCAGCCUUUUUAACGAUUUAUACUACUUUUGUUGAUUUCGUUGUUGAAUGGAUAUGGAAAAAAAUGUGAAUAAUGUGGAGAAACUUCUUUUAGGCCCGUUGAAUAGGAUGAGAUCGCCAUAAAGGUGAAAAAAAAUUUGAAUUCAAGCCAUUUCACUAUAUAGGCAAGAGCGAUGCUUCUCUUCAAUUGAGACUGUUUAUAGAGACAACCAUAUCAGAAAGUCAAAUUAACUUAAAAGUGGUGACUUAGAUAGAAAAAAAGGAGCGGAGGCAUCCCUCUUUUAAAAUAGUUCUUUUUUUAAUUAAGUUACUUUAUUAUUCAUUCAAAAUAUUUCUCCGUUUCUUGUUGGCUAAAAGCGCAUGCAUUAAUAAUUCACCAUAACCAGCUUCUCUUGACCAAAUUUGGAAGAACUUUGCGAUUAAUCAACCGAUGACGUCAAAAGUGAAAGCACAGUUGCAGGUUAACGCACCGUCAACCGAGGAGACCUGGGGACGAGGUUGAGUUGUCUUGGUUGUGAGCAUACUGCGGAACAUUUUACUCGUUUCAGGACGAAGUAUUGUCUAAAAACAUAGCAAAAAGAAAACUCGAUAGACAACAUCUGCUAUUUGGAGUAUAUUUGCAGAUCCGAACAGCCUGUAUUUUCUAAAAAUCCACUAUCGAGAUGAACUUGACAUCGACGAAGGUAAGCAUGUUUUAACUUGUUUUUAAACUAGGAAUUAUUUUGAAUGAAUAAUAAAGCAAUUAAUGAAUUAGGCUUUCGUAGGAUAUAAAGAAUUAGGCAGAUCUUGGAGGGUGUUAUCCACCUUAGCCCGAGAAAACAGCCGACAUUUUGUGAUGCCACCACUGGUUUCCACGCAAAGGAAAACCAAAUGAAUGGUGGAGUCGCGAAAUGACGGCUGUUUUCUCAGGCUAAUUAACUUGUGGCCCUCCCAGUAGUGGACACUUUUCAGUUCGAAUUGGACUUUCAAAAGUGUUGGCUUCCUUGAAGAGAGAGGGAUAACCUGGGUACCUUGAGAAAAAUUCAGCGAAGAAAACCAGCAUCAAGGCCUCAAAUGACGUCGUUGCCGGUACUUGAACCCCGUAUGUCUCGAACCCGAGCUCCAGUGGUCACCAGAAUUGUCGGUGGGAAGCUAAUGCUCUCACCACUAACCAUGCACUACAACAUACCUCUUCCCCCAGGUCCUGAUUUAAAUUCUUGUAUGUUUUCUUCUCUUUGCUUUUCUUUUAAUAGGCUUAAGAGGAUCCUUUUAAUUAAUUCCAAUUGUGCAGCAGGCUUGGCAGCAUGCCUGGGAAAUAUGACGCAGAUGUUUGGCGAUUGGAUGGCAGAUCCUGUGAAAAAACCGUGAGUUUUGUCUCGUUUUAAUCAUUCAAUCAUACCGCGUGUCUAUUCAUUACAUAUCAUAGAUGAUGUCAAAAUUUAAAUGUAGUAAGAACAAAGGAUCGGAAUGGCAACCCAAACACACGCGAGUGUGUCUCCGAUGUUCUUACUUUUGUGACCCCCCAACAGGAAAGUCAAACAAAGUAAGUUUAAACGUAAAAACAUUACUAAAAUCUUCUUAAUCACUCAGACUGUUGCGCAUAGAUUUGGCAGUCUUCUUUUUUAACACGAACAAUUCUAUCGAAAUAAAAUGGUUACUUUGACCGGUAUUCCUUUCAGGGUUCCAGCAGACCUUAAGGCUCCAGUUUAUCAUUAUGGUGUAUUAACUGGAGGCGAGAAAGAAUGGGACUUUGCAUACAGUCAGUUCACUAGCACGAAUGUUGUGUCGGACAAACGGCUUCUGCUCCAUGCAAUGGCUGGCGCGCAGCAACCAUGGCUCAUUGAAAGGUUCUUUACUUCUUUUAUUAAAUCACCUCAUCAAACGUGGGCUAUUCCUUCGAGUUCAAGUGCCCAUCAAUAUGCCUUUGGCAUGUAGAAAAAAAAGGAGCCAAAACAAAUUUGGUUCACCAGAGGGGGCCAGUGGCGCCACCCUCAUACCUUACGGCUAACGCCAAGCUUUUGACAGGGUUCAGGGUCGGACUCACGCUGUUAGAUCGCCCGGUUACGUUUUAUGUGGCUGGACAAAGGUCCUUUCACCUGAUCGUCCUUUCACGAUUCGACAAAACGAGAAUCCAGGUUCUAGCUUUCCAUCUAUGACGUCAUUAGCGUGGAUACACAAGAUCCAUCCUGCAACCCCGAUUCUUUACUGACUUAUUGUACAGAUCUAGGUGGGCUAUACAGUUAUUUGUGGCCGAAACAUCCAAUAUGGAUAUUCUUCUAGCAUCAAGCAAAGUAGGUGAAUGCAAAAAUUUAUUUUACCACUACACUGAUAAAUUUGCACGGGAUUACCAGGGUUAAAAAUCCUUUUUUUUUAGAUUUUGCAUUCUUUUUUCGAGAGAUCUAGUGACUAAUAAUCUGGGACCAGAAAAGUAUUUUUAAUUAGGAUUCGCGAAGAUGGUGCCGUUGGGUUGUUCGUAGUUACGUCGUGUCACUGAUUUUAAAUCAUGUGUUUUCCUCUUCUAUUUUAUACAAUGAUUUUUUAUUAUUAUGUUAUUGUCUUUUUUUUCCCUCACACCCCAAAUAAAAUUUUUCUUUUUUACAGUUGUUGUUAGAUAGCUCUUUUAAAGACUUUUUCACUCAUGUGUUUAUUACUUUUUUCUUGUUUCUACACAUUUUCAUUAAUCAUAAGCUAUUAUCAGUGACAAAAGUAACUGACACACUUUUCUAAAACGCGCACUUUUAUUAACAAUUCCAUUCAUUAUUUAAGAAAGCCUUGAGGGCUUAGAAUACAAUAUUCGUUUGUGGUCAUUUAAUGGAAGCGUCUCAAAACCUUUGUCCUUCAUCCUAAUUAGACCUUUUUUGUCUACUCUGUCACAGGUAUCUUAAUUACGCACUGGACCCUACGAAAAUCGGACGCAGCCACACCUAUUAUGUGAUUUACUCCAUUUCUGAAAGCAAUGCCAUGGGCACUAAUAUCGCAUGGAAUUUUAUUCAACUAAACUGGGAAAAAAUAACAAAAAUGUGAGUACAGAUGCCAGCCAAAUAUUGCAACUGUACAUGAUGUACAUGUCAGAAUAUUAUGUAUUUAUAGACACUCACACCGUUUUUAUUUUGGGUCUUUUUCAAGUUUUUGAUAAAGACCAGUUAACGAACAUUCAUUGAAACUGCUGCAAAGAGCGCCUUAAAAUUAGGAAACUUACCAAAUUUAAGGGCGAUACGUUAUUAAAAGUGAGUGAAGUUAUUGUCGCGAAAUUUACAGACGUUUUUAUAGUGGCAGCUUGAAACUGCUCCCCGCCAACAAACGUCCGUAAAAUUCAGCAUUCUUGCCGAGCUAUAUCUUCGUUUAUUUUCAAGAAAUCAAGUUCAAAUUUGGCACCUUUAAUUAUUAUGACGUUCUUUUCAGCCUUGUUGACGCACUUUCGCAAGCAAGUGGUCCUAGUAAUUGUUGAAAAAACCGUAGAGUGAUCUAUUGUUAUUAUUAUAAUUUUUUUUAACUGUGGUUUUAUCCCCUAAACUUUCAUACUAAAAUAUUUCGAUAACACCCUCUUGAAAUUUGUUCAAACUUUGCAAACACAUCGAACAAAGAAUAAGACGAAUCCCUCGUGAAAAUGAAAUGUCAGAAGUACGUUCCUAUGAAAACUUCGAUGUCAGAUAUCAGUUAUGUAGUAGUCUAGUCAUAACAGUUUUUCUCGAAGACUGUGGUGACUGUCUUGCGAUAGUUUUGUUACUUGAGACGCGAAGGGAGUUACUAAAAAUUCCAAUCAAGUCACCUUAAACAGCUUUAUUAAUUAAAAUACCUGCGAAAAUCAGACCCUUGAGUAUAUCCUAGCCUCCGAAAUGUUACGAAGUGGCUUUAUUAGUGUUGCUGGCACCUGUUAACUAUAAAGACUCUUCAAAUAAUGAAUAUGUCUUAACUUAAACAUAUAUAGUAUUUAUAUCAGAGUGUCUGGGUUAUAUACUGGAUUUUUUUAGCUUCUUUUGUAUCCAGUCGAUUUAAAUUUUCUUAAAACAUAGCCAGUCUUAACGUCUUAUUGAUGCUGACAGUUUCGAUGACUGUCAGCCAUCUUUAUCAAAACUUGAAAAACAUUAAAAGUGUAAGAAGCCUUAAAUAGGCUUCUGAAGGUGUUAAUUAUUGCGAUAAACGCGUAAAGUCACUCUGUAGACGCCCCCCUCCCCCCCUGGUUUGGGGGUGGAGAUCAUUUGUGUCCAUAUGGGAGAAAGCUAAUAGGCUCCCUCGUCCCUGUUCAUAAUGUUUUUCAAGUUUUGAUAAAGAUGGCUGACAGUCAUCGAAACUUUCAGCCUCAAUAAGACGUUAAGACUGGCUAUGUUUUAAGAAAAUUUAAAUCGACUGUUUAACUUCACUAGUCUAAUGAACUUCUUCAAGAAUUCAUUUGUAUCCGUAUAUCCUAGGUUUGGAGGUCCAUAUAAAACACUGAGUGGCUUUGUUCCACUUUUUUCCAAGCGAUUCUCAACAGAGUACCAGCUACAAAAGGUACGAGAAGUUUAUCACCUGCUUUUCAUACAGCGAUUUCUUAAAUAAAAUCACCAACACAACCGUUAAAAACCCUUACUACGAUCAUGUCAAUAAACAACAGUCUCAUUAAACCGACUUUUUGCAUUGGUUACGAGACGGACACGAGCUAAAUGAGAACAAUCGCGCUAAGUUAAUAACUUAUCUUUCAGCUUUUUUUAAUUGUUUUGUUACAGUAAGUUUAAUUAGUACACAAGGUAGCCAAAAAAGGGAUAUCUUAUUAGGCAGGAUAGUUAUAUUUCAGUGCUUGCAAUUUUUUAUGAGUUAUAAAAAGCAAUGGAAGGAAAACGCUCUUAAAAGACAUUUAAGUCAUCGCAAUGUGAAAACACUGAAGUAGCACAAGAAAUAAACAAUGAAAACCGUACAAAAACUUUCAGCAACUUCUUGAUUCCCUGAAAACGGUAUCAUUAUAGUUUUAUUUUAUUUUAUUAUUUAUUUUACUUUAUUUUUGUUUGGGGGGGGGGGGAGAAUACGUUUAAGCUAAUCGCUAGCAAAUUCUUUAAGUAUAUAUUUUCGCGUAACUGUGGAGAAAUGUACAUCAAGUAACUACUGCGCCCUUCAAGCGUACUAGUUCAGCCGUAGUUGACGCAUGAUAGCAAUAAAUUCAAUUUUUUUUUUCUUUCAGCUCCAGGAUUUUAUCGCUAGUGUAGUUAAAGGUGGACCUUUAUCAUGGAGUGUUCAACAGGCCAUAGAGAGAGUCAAAAUUAAUAUUCAGUGGAGAAAAACAAACGAAAAGGAUGUAGAAAAGUGGCUGAUGGACUAUUUCAACAGACCCAUGCAACCAACCUUCGGCCCUCCAGCAAAAUGAGGAUAUGUCGUUAUUCAAGACUUAUAUUUAAAAAUUAUUCCUCGAGCCCGAAUGGGCUCUGAGUCAAUAGCCAUGAGGCCGAAGGCCGAAUGGGCUAUUGACUUUAGUAAAAUCUAACUAGUUGGUCAAAAAUAUCGAGAAUAAAAAAAUUUUAGCUAGUCAAAGCCUGCUCUUUUCGCUACUAGGGGGCUAUAACAUAUAACCUAGUAGUAGCUCAACCAAUCAGGAUGCAGCAUUGAUUAUAGACCACCAGUUGGAUUUUACUAAUAGCUAAUAUUGCCAGAAUUAAGCCACGCGUCAAGAUUUCAGGGCACAUAAGUGUUAGCCUAAGAAAAUAGCCAACAUUUUGGGGAACACCUCUGGUUUCCCCACGAAAUUUCAGUUUUUUUCUUAGGCUAAAAAUUAUGUGCCCCGAAAACCUGAUGGACGGCUUAAUUCUGCAUGUUAUUGUACCAUGAUGAAUUUUUGUCUGCCUCUACGGCGACCAGCUGCAGUGUCGCAGUAAAAAAUCUACCCGUAUGCUAAAAAAGAGGGGUGGUGACCAAAACCUCUUUCUUCAAGACAAUCUUGUUCCCAGGUUCUUUCUCCUAACUCCCCUUUCUAGCUCCGUGGGGCGGGUAGGAGAGAACCCUGGUAACGAGGUUGUCUUCACGAGAGCUUAGUCUGUUGACUUAGCUCUACACGCCGUUUGUUUAAUACCCAAGGGCUUGUGAUCUACUGCCAAAUAUAUCAUAUCAAUUAAUCUAAUUGCACAGUUAUAACGUGACAGCUUUCUUUCUUUAUUGCUUGAAGAUUAAGUUUUUUUGUGCCAUUAUUUAGAAUGUAAGCAAGCUUUUGCAUUUCUUUAAAACUGAUUUUGUCAACUUAUCAGUGGUCUGACCUUUGCCCUGAGUGGUUUCGUUAAUUUCUUAUUUAAUUUACGGAAAACUCCGCGAGCGAGUCCACCAGUGUGGGUAUUGCCUAGAGGACGAUUCAGUCAGUCGGCUGACUCAGACUUUUCAGCUUUGCUAUGUACUGUUGAAAAAUACUGUAAGAUCUAGGCCAAUCUCGUUUCCAAAUUACGGAGUGAGAUCUGGGAACGAGAUUAGGUGCCAGGCGAGAGCCGGUAGCCCGGCUGCUUAUCUUAUGCAUGUCUUGUGCGGUGAAACGCCAUCCCGAGGAAAGGGCAUAGCAGAAAUAUGAUAUUGAACUACAUUAAAAACUGAAAUUACAACAUACAAACUUAGAUGAAGACGGAUGGGAGCAAAAACAUUCACCGCCGCAGAAUGACACAAAAUCCUCUGCCAUUCAAAAAGCUGUAAAUAACACAUUGCAGCUGUAGUAUGUCCCAUAUCCUCCUCUUCUCUCAAUCGUGCCGUCAGAACAUUAUUUCAUCCCUGACCAAUUUGUUACCAAUUAUUUCUGUCGUCAGACAUUUCAUUUUAACAAAACUUAACUUGGCUAUUUGAGUAGCAAUAACAACUAGAAUUACUUAUAUUUUAAAGAAUUACUUAAAAGUUGAGUUUACUGGUUAAGUAUUUACUAACAUUCAGCCUACUUAGAAACUCAUGCGAUCGUACAUUUCAAACAAUCAAAUAAACGCUGGGACUGAAAUUAUAAAGCUGUUGUUUACAAUCCUCGAUUAACACCUGCCGAAUUAAGGCGGAAUUUAUUUUUCCUUUGCGCCCUCCAUUGACGAGUUGAAAGCAACGCAUUGAGAAUCUGUUUAAAUACAGGC